UUCAUAUAUUAGUUGAUUGCAUUUAAGCUGACUUCUUUACUUGUUCUUGUCAACAUCUUGGUUGUUUUCAUUUAUAUAAAUUCUCCCUGUUUGCACUUCUCAAACUCUCUAAAGUAAUUCCUAGGCCUGGCAAUGAAGCAUGCCCACAUUGUGUUGUCCCCUUUAACUACUUGAAAUGUUUCCAUUUUGCGUGAAAAUACUAAUAUAACAUUAUCCAUUUUGUUGGGAAUGAAUUACGAUACUAUGGCAACUUUGCUAAUGGUAUUCAUUUUUUAAUUGUGUAAAAUUUGUUAAAAAAAGCGUUUGAUAUCAUCGUAUUACCCUCAAUUAUCAUAUGCGCAUACAAAUAUAUGUUGCUAACCACAACUUCGAUAAGUUAUUAGGAAAUAAUGUCAAAGUUCUAUAAACUAGAUAUUAAUCGGACAGAAUGGGAAAUACCGGAUAUCUACCAACAAUUGCAUCAAGUGGGCAGUGGUGCAUAUGGACAGGUUUGUAAAGCUAUUGUACGUACUUCAAACAUGAAAGUGGCUAUUAAGAAACUUGCUCGCCCAUUUCAGUCGGCUGUACAUGCCAAACGCACUUAUCGUGAACUUAGACUGCUUAAACAUAUGGAUCAUGAAAAUAUCAUUGGUUUAUUAGAUGUAUUUCAUUCAGGACAGCCAGUAGAUUCAUUAGAGAACUUUCACCAAGUUUAUUUGGUGACGCAUCUAAUGGACGCCGAUCUUAAUAACAUUAUUAAAACACAAAAAUUGUCUGACGAUCAUGUACAAUUUUUAAUUUAUCAAAUAUUACGCGGGUUAAAAUAUAUACAUAGCGCCGGCAUUAUUCAUAGAGAUUUGAAGCCGUCGAAUAUUGCAGUUAACGAGGAUUGUGAAUUACGUAUAUUGGAUUUUGGCCUUGCACGCCCAGCAGAAAAUGAAAUGACGGGAUACGUUGCAACCCGUUGGUACAGAGCCCCUGAGAUAAUGCUUAACUGGAUGCAUUACAAUCAAACAGUGGAUAUUUGGUCGGUCGGUUGUAUUAUGGCUGAAUUGUUGACCAGCCGCACCUUAUUCCCUGGUACUGAUCAUAUACAUCAACUUAAUUUAAUCAUGGAAAUUCUAGGCACUCCAACUGAGGAUUUUAUGCAUAAAAUAUCGUCAGAGAGUGCCAGAAACUAUAUAUGUUCUUUGCCGGCAAUGCAAAGACGUAAUUUCCGCGAUGUGUUUAGAGGGGCAAACCCUUUAGCUAUUGACUUGCUGGAAAAAAUGUUAGAAUUAGAUGCCGGGAAACGGGUAACAGCCGAACAAGCUUUAGCUCACCCAUACAUGGAAAAAUAUCAUGAUCCCAGUGAUGAACAGAUUUCACCACUCUAUGAUCAAAGUUUCGAAGACAUGGAUUUGCCCGUUGAGAAAUGGAAAGAAUUGGUCUUCGCAGAAGUUCUAAGUUUUAAAUCGCCACCGGCUUUUGCUGAAAUUAUACAACAAAGUGAGCAAACCGAACAACAAAUGUAAAAUAAAUACAAAAAAUAAAAAUGUGGAAGACGUAAAACAAUACCUGAAAAUUAACAUGUACUUAACAACACAUGGAGUAGAUAUAAAAUUAAGAAAAAAGUUAAAAAUUAUUUAAACACUAACUAUCGUUUAUAUUAAAAGAUGCUAUUAACGUAGAUUUUGAAAUGAUCAUCCUAACUUGCAACACUUUCUAAAAUACAAUAAUUUGAAGGGGAAAAUCUAUGUUCAAAUCGGAAAAGCAACUUUUAAAGUUCUUU